AGGCCGUGGAGCGUGCGCUCGUGCGCCGUCUUACUCGUGCGUGCGUCGUCUGUUUGCGUCGUCUCGUCUUCGACUUCUUCUUCUCCUCCCCCGUCUGUCCCCGACUGUGUCAGUUGAUGGUGUCAGUGUUAAAUAACUACUCGUUGUGACGUUGUAAACAAUAGUCAGCAACAUUUAUUCGCCACUUUCAAAAAAGUGUACUCGUGGUUUUUUAGAAAUAAAAAUAAAGACUACUUUCAGGUUUAGUCGGUACAAUAAUUUUAAUACAUUUGCAUGUAGCUUUAUUAUCAAACAUUUUAAAACCCCAGACAAAUUUUUGUUAACUCCUACUUCGAUUCGAUACACGGAGCAUCAUACAGUCAAUAUGAGCAUGUUAUUGAGAAUUUUCGACACGUGUUGUAGCCGAAAGUUGAGCUAAGUUGUGAAGUAAUCUGGAAAGGAAAGAGCGGCAGGCCAGGCUGCAUAUGUUGAAUGGUAGAAAGUGAAAGUGGUCGGAGGAGCAGAGUGGGAGAACUUAGUCCUCGGGCGACGAACGCCGCACUGCACAAAAACUGAACCGCGGUCUCUAUCACAGUUUGACGAAAUUAUCAGCAGAACAUUCCGGUAGAAUGAGUGGCACUUGGGAGACAACUCGUGUUUGUGUUUGGUGAAGUGUCCGCGCCAUAUGUCUUAUAAACAGUGACCCAAUCGGUAGUAUUGGAACUUUCAUUUUUACAAAGUGAAAAUCUUUCAUGUCUGGUGUAGACUUUUUACUAUUUAUAUUAGGAGCCAUGUUCUUAACAGUCAUAUUUUAAAGUAGGUCUAUAGUGAUUUUAUUAUAAUUCUUCGCUAAACACCAUUCAUAUUAUUUAAUGCUUUAAUGAUAUGAAGUUAAUAAAUAUGUAUAACACGUUUCGGGGUUUUAUUCAAACUUAAGAUUCUUCAAUAACUAAACUAUUUGUUCGUUUAAAUAAUCGUAAAUUUGACUUGAAGUCUGAUCUAUUGCACUUGUCCAUCUGAGAUUAGACUGAGUAAGUGAUCUAGAAAUAAACUCACAACGAUAAUAUCUUCACAUAUAUUGUAUCUACAUAUCUCAAUGCGACAAAUGUCAUCAAACCCAUUUCACAACUUCGUGUUACUGGUGCUAUGUUCUCAUAGCCAAGAUGACUUCCCGACUAGGGCUGAGUUCUCGGGACGUUUUGUGUAUGAUUGAAUUUCGCGUCGGAUAGUAGUACCAUAUUCCAGAGAACGUUUCCUUGUCCAGCGACUCCAGCAUGUCCUCGCCGGUCUACUGGCUACUACUCACCGCGACCCUCUCCCUCGCGGCCGCCCAGGACUGCCAGUUCCAUCCCAAGUGCAUCUGCGAUGAUGAACUCAGGGAGAUCGUCUGCAAGAGCGCAGGGUUCGAGCAAGUACCGUCGCUGCCGCCCUCCGUCGUUAAACUGGAUCUGUCAACCAACAACAUAACGGAGUUGAAUGAACUGAGUUUCACCAACCUUCCAGACUUAGAAGAACUGAUUCUUGCGGACAAUCAGCUUGAGAGGAUACACCCGCGCGCUUUUGUCUUCAAUCCCCGGCUAAAAAGACUAUCAUUCCAAAACUGCGGGCUUGUCGAGAUCCCAUGGGAAACUUUCCACCCCUUGACACAGCUCACUACUUUACAGCUGGACCAAAACCAGAUCUGGAAGGUGGAGGCGGAGAGCUUCCAGAGUUUGGGGCAGUUGCGGAACUUGCGGCUGGAGGGUAACCGGCUGGAGAAUAUACCUACAGAAGCGCUAUCCACGCUCACUUUGCUAGAGGCUCUGAAUCUGGGCAACAACCAACUCACUCACAUCCCGUCCAGCACCUUCCCAGAGCUGAGGAACCUCGUCAUCCUGUUGGUAAAAAAGAACCGCAUCUCCGAAAUCGACGAUGAGGCCUUUGCUAACUUGACUUCACUUCGUGUUUUGGAAUUAGACGACAACCAUCUCACGAACAUUCCUCACGCCCUAACCAGACUGACGGCCCUGCAAGAACUGUCAGUGUCUGGAAACCGUAUCAAAUACAUCCCAGCUGGGGUCCUGCAGCAUUCUCGGGGUCUCGCACUCCUGGAGCUGAGGGGCAAUCCACUGGUUGGGGUCGACCCACACGCCUUCUCUUUCCUUCCUAAACUCAGAAAACUGAUCUUGUCAGACGCUAAAGACCUGUCAGAGUUUCCCAGCCUGAACGGCACCUCAGCCCUAGAGAUACUGCGCCUGGACCGUGCUAGCCUCCACACUGUACCUACCACCCUCUGUCAAACCUGUCCUAAGCUCAAGAGCUUAGACAUAAAAUCCAACCAAUUAACCUCAAUACCUGAUUUAAGAGCCUGCAAAGAUCUUCGAGUGCUGGAUCUCAAAAGUAACCGCAUAGUCUCUUUAGAGGGGAGGAUGUUCCAGGGUCUGUCUCUACUGCACGAUUUGUUGCUCAGCCAUAACCUCAUCAAUGCUAUUCCUCAGGAUGCAUUCCAUGGCCUUGAGAAGCUUCAAGUACUAGACUUAGAAAACAAUUUAAUUCAAGACAUUCACCCUGAAGCUUUUUUGGCUUUCACACACCUUGAAGACUUAAAUCUAGGCAACAACAUGUUCCCUGUGCUACCAACAGCUGGACUGGACCGUCUGCUACAUCUUAAGACUUUCAACAAUCCGCGGCUCCGGGAAUUUCCCCCACCCGAGAGUUUUCCUCGAGUACAAUCUCUGGUCCUGUCCUACGCUUACCACUGUUGUGUGUUUCUACCCCUUGUGCCAGCUGAUCCUCCUCGUCCCCCAUUGAAAGAGUCUGUCCUCUUCCCCACCGACAAUGAGUUCGACAUGAGCCUCUGGAACUCCAGCCUCACCGACAUAUGGCCACAACUCCAGAACUUGAGUAAAAAGUUCGGCACACAGAUCAAUGAACUGUGGGACAAUUUCGGUUCAGACUUUACUUAUCCUGGCAACUUACCUGCUUAUGUAGAGGAGUACUUUGAGGAUCAAGAGAAACAACAGAACGACUUACCUCCAGGACGCAUUCAGUGUCUGCCUGCUCCAGGUCCAUUCCUGCCUUGUGUUGACCUGUUUGACUGGUGGACACUGCGAUGUGGAGUCUGGGUAGUUUUCCUCCUUGCCAUGCUUGGAAAUGGAACAGUGGUGUUUGUCCUCAUCUUUUCCCGCAGCAAGAUCGAUGUACCAAGAUUCCUUGUCUGUAACUUGGCUGCAGCAGACUUCUUUAUGGGAGUAUAUUUAGGUUUGUUGGCUGUAGUGGACGCCUCUACCUUAGGAGAGUUCCGGAUGUAUGCCAUUCCCUGGCAGAUGUCAGCUGGCUGUCAGCUGGCAGGGUUCCUGGCUGUCCUGAGCUCUGAGCUGUCAGUGUACACUCUUGCUGUCAUCACCCUCGAACGAAACUAUGCCAUUACACACGCAAUGCACCUUAAUAAACGUCUCUCACUGAAACACGCAGGAUACAUCAUGCUGUGUGGCUGGACAUUCGCAAUAGGAAUGGCAGUUCUUCCCCUCUUUGGCAUAAGUGACUAUCGAAAAUAUGCUACAUGUCUCCCGUUUGAAACCGGUGGUACUUGGAGUCUAUUGUAUGUUGUAUUUCUGAUGUUCAUUAACGGAGUAGCUUUCUUAAUUUUGAUGGGCUGUUACCUUAAAAUGUACUGUGCAAUAAGGGGUUCUCAGGCGUGGAAUUCAAAUGAUUCCAGAAUUGCCAAAAGAAUGGCUCUCCUGGUAUUCACUGACUUUUUGUGCUGGUCACCAAUAGCAUUUUUUUCUCUAACUGCUGCUUUUGGUUUUCAUCUCGUGACAUUAGAACAGGCUAAAGUGUUUACCGUGUUUGUGCUACCCCUCAACUCAUGCUGUAAUCCAUUUCUUUAUGCAAUUCUCACAAAACAAUUCAAGAAGGAUUGUGUCCUGAUCUGUAAAGCCAUUGAAGAAUCAAGGGUGACACGUGGUAUUGGAAGAUGUCGUCACAGUUCUAACUUCAGUAAUCGACAAACACCUGCAAACACAAACAGCCUUGUCGAUCGUUCCUCAAGAGAUCACCAACAACAUCCACCCUGCAGCUGCAAUGUCAAACUGCUCAAUGAUACUCAAACACAACGACAAACACCGAGAAUAUGGUUGCUCAACAAAUUUCGGUGGUUGUUCCUCUGCUUCAACCGAGACUUGGACAACAGACAUCGCAUGAGGUCCGAUCAGUAUGCUUACCAGAUAGCAGAAAUCCAGCAAAAGCAACAUAAGAGAGCAUCAAGCGUCUCUUCUAGUGAGAACUUCAGUUCCUCAAGAUCUGACUCUUGGAGGCAAAAUCAUCACCAUUGUGGGAUACCAAUGCGUUUACUGGAUCCCAAAAGGCGGGCGUCAUCUUGGAUAGUGACCCGCAAGACAUCUCAGGACUCUAAUCUUUCUAGUUCUAGGAAUGACUCCUCAGGGUCAGCGACAACAGCCAGCACGACAAUGUCACGAGUGUCGAGGUCGAGUGCUUCGAGUGCCAGUGAUAGGACUAAACCGCGCCUUACAAGACAGAGUGCAAUCUCGGAUGACUGUGAGCUCCCAGGCAGUCCUGCGAGGCUGACCGUUCGCUUUCUCACGACCAUUCCCUCGGCAGCUGAGGCUAGUCAGCAGGAGGAUGAAGCCACCCCCUGUUAUGCUAUCUUACACGCUAGCCCUGAACCCUCCCCUACUCCUAGUCACCCAACUCCUCGCCACAGGAAAGACUUUUCACCAUCAAAUGAUAAAAAGUCACCCUCCUGACUGUAAAUACCUCAAACUUUUAGAAGUUGAAUUUUGUGAUUUAUGUAGAAAUCUAGUUUAAAGGUGUUUUGAGGUUGCAUUAAUCUGGUUUGGCAAGAAUAUCAACUCAAUCAUGAAUGCUAGCUUUGUAACUGAUUUAUUACUAAGUUUUAAGUUUAAACUCCUAUUAAACCAAAACUCAGACUAAAAAGGUAUUUUACGUAUUGUUUUAUGAGAAAAAGGUACUUACAUUUUAUCGUUUAAUCAUCUUUAGUAAUAAAACAGUAUGUAAAAAUUGUAAUUUAGGAUUUUAAUUUAAAUAUUAGAUUAAAUUAUUUGUAAAUACUGUGAAUUUCUAAAUAAAAGGUAUAGUUUAAUUAAAUUUGUGGCUAUAAUUUACAUUUCUAGGGAUUAUUUACCUGUUUUGUUUUUACUAAGGUAGGAAAAAUAAUUUUAUUUUAUGUGUUGUAUGUUGUAUUAUAUUGUUAAAUUAUUUAUAAUGUUAUUUGAAAUUUAAGGGUUUGUUGAAAAGGAGUGUUUCUCUUAUAUUUAAACUAUUUUGUUUUUUUCCUUUUAUGUGUCUUAAAUUACAAGUAAUAAACAAUGAAAUUACAUUUUCUACCAUUUACACUCUCAUCUCUCAAUGUAUACAAGUGUAAGCUAUAUUAGAGGUGUCAUUAUUGUAUCCUAGCGCAAUAUAUUUGACAAAAUCUCAGUUCAUGCCCCUUCCUUUGAAAUUUUAGUUGCACCAUACUUUUACACUUUCCUAUACUUUUUCCCAUUUCCAUUUUACUCCAUUGAUCAUGUUAUACAACCUAUCCUUUAAAUUGUGAAAUAUGUUGACAGCAUGCCUGGGUCACAAGACUUUCUUUUAUGCUCUGCUAUGCCUAAAUUAUCUCCACCUUUGAUGAGAUGUCUACUAGACAGUUCUGUGUCUAACAAAUAUUUAGCUUUGCCAUAUCUAUUAUUAGUUUGAUUUAUACUUUUCAUUCAUAUCCAUUUAACACACAGGGUGACUGUGUUAAGAAUUUUUCAAUGUUCUUAAGCCAUGGGCACUAUGAAAAUGGAUGGGUGCCAUAAAUCAAAUUCCACCAAUCUAAAUUGCUGAAUUUUUUAACCAUUAAUUUCAAAAUAAUAAACAUUCAUUAUUACAACAUGUUUACAGAUUUUAUCACUGAACUAUUAAUAGAAUAUUGUAAUUUAUUGGUAUUGAAUUUUUUAUUUAUAUUAAUGCAUUGAAUUUCAGAUGUUAAAAUUAUU